AUGAGAGCUGUUCAACAGUUUGAAGAAAGAGCUGCAGACAAGGGGAUUCUCCUCUCUCAUUAUGGCUGUUGCAGAAUCCUUGAAUUUCUUCGGUGCGUGACCGACAAAGCCCUCGUUGGUCACGUCAUCAAGAAUUUCACAGUCACUGCACCAGGUUUAGCGUUCUGCCAGCACAAAUGUUUCAUUGAACACGAAUGUGUCUCGUACAACCUGGGACCAAUACAAGGAUUGCUAAGAUCGUGUGAGCUGAGCGAUGCUGACAACGUAACCCGGCCUGGCCACGUGCAACAAAAGGAGGGCUCUGAAUACUGUCCAAUCAAGAAUCCCUGCGCGUCUAGUUCUUGUUCAGCGAACCAGUUAUGUACACCUUUACCUUCGAUGGAUAUUUACAACUGCAGUGCAUGUGAAUCUCCUCUGGGGAUGGAAGAUGGAAGGAUUCAAAACUCUCAAAUCACCGCCUCAUCUUACUUUGACAAAAGAUUCUACCCAUGGCUUGCUCGCUUGAACCUAGAAGCAACCUUAGAGCACCAAGGAUCUUGGACGGCAGGCCAAAAAAUGGUGGGAGAAUACAUUCAGAUUGACCUCGGUAGAAUGUACAAACUAACCAAGGUGGCCACGCAAGGUAGAGUACCGGCUGAUUGGCAUACCCAGUGGGUUACCAAGUACUCGCUGGCGUAUAGGGCUGAUGAUCCCACAUGGACAGACUAUAAGGAGAAUGACAUUAUCAAGGUUUUUCCUGGCAACAGCGACAAAACAACGGUUGUGACAAAUGACAUUCUGGUUCCAAUUGUUGCCCGGUUCGUGCGCAUCAUUGUAAAAGAAGCCCACGAGUGGCCAUCCAUGAGAACUGAACUUUAUGGAUGCAGAUUCUGA